AUGAGCCGUUCCCGCAGCAGCAGUUGGAAGCAGACGCGCGUGGCGCUGACGGCGUGGGCGAUGCUAGCGCUCCUGGCGGGCGCGCACGGCGCCGCCCUGCUGUCCGUGCCCGCCCCCGCCGCCGCCGCCGCCCUGCCCGCCGCCGCGCAGCCCGAGCCCCAGACGCAGCUGGUACACGCGCAGGCGAGGAAGUUCGCCGAGAAGCCCAACGCGCUCAAGAAGGUCGCCGUCGACAACGACCUGGAUGACGUGUCCACCAACAGCAUUGCGGGCGCAGGGGAGGGCUUCAGCUGGUCCAGCAUGCUGAGCGCCGUCAUGCAGCUGCUCUUCAGCCCCCAGCAGCCAGCGCCCUCCAAGUCAGACGGCCUCGACGCCGACCAGGGCCUGUACCAGUCUCCGUGGACCAACCUGUUGAGCAUGGGCCUUAAGAUCAUUUCGGCCUUCAUCACCGGAGGGACUGGUAACGGCGGAGACGGCAUCGAUAAGGUUGACAACGGCAGCCCCAUGCAGGGCAUCCUGGCCGCUGUGCUCUCCGCCGUGUUGGGCAACCGCAACCCAGACCAGGUCGCCACCAUGGCCAAACAGGCCGGGGAGUUCAUCAACAUCGUAGUGAAUCUCCUGGACGCCCUCAAGACCUCCUUCUCCCACCGCUACAUGGAAGCCAGAAACAUCGGCCGCAGAGACUCCGUCGCCGAAGCGGCCGUUGCCGGACUCACCAUGAUCAAGGGGUAUGUGCGCACGCUGCGCACCAGCGACGACUCGUGCGCGCAGCGGCUGCUGUGCGACGCCAGCCGCGAGUGCGCCUCCGACACGCAGGGCGCCGUCUUCUGCCAGAUGGGCGCGUACGCGACGAGCUUCCUGCUGGAGCGCACGGGCGGCGGAGCUCCGUUCUCGCAGUACUACGACGCGUCCCGCCGCGGCCGCAGCGGAGACGACUGCAGGAGCGCGUUCCUCACCUGCAACGAGGUGUAGGCGCCUCCCACCUCCACCCCCACGCCGCGCCCCCCGCCACGCACCCGCCACGCCUCCACGCCCCGCCGCAGCCUCCGACAGACCACUCACCGACGACCACGACCCGGACCGUCCGUUCGGGGCCGACGCGCCCGAAGGGAAGGUGAUCGUCUGGCACCUGGACCAUCCGCGCGCCAUCGAAAGGCCGACGGGGAACACGACCAUCGUCACUGUUGAACAUCAAGCAUCUCGACGAGCGAUUUGGACCGACUGCGCGUCUUGUACACGGCAAAGAGGAAAGCGUACAUCCCACACCUUGAACUCAGAGCACCUCGAUGACGAAUUGGACCGCUUGUGUCGAAUCAAUGCGUCAGAAUGGAUAGCUCAAGUCUGAUCAUCUAAUAUCUCGAUUUCGACUGACACGCCAAAAUGGAAUGCAGACAUCGUCAAAAUUGAACACCAAGUAUCUCAACGAGUAUCUGAAUCGUCUACUCCUUACCGACAUGCGCAAGAAAAAGGGUACCUGUCAAAUUCAACGUCGACUUAGAUCGUCGUCUAAUGACCAGAGCACUAAUGAACUCAUUUGAUAGGGAACAGACCCACCGCUAUCUCUGCAAUGAUUUCAAGCCUGGCGCUGACACACUGCCAGAAAAGAAAGCGUACAUUGUAAAUUCAGCAGACAACUUUGACCGAUCGGGAACCCGAAUAUCAGUGUACGCUUGGAUACAAACCCAUUGCAGUUUC